GCCCAACCUGCAACAUAACAACAGCAACAACAGCAACAACACAGCAAAAACAACAACAACAACAGGCCAUAACGAUCGCCUUGGUUACAAUUACUUACCCUCGUAUUUCUCUAGCGAUACUUAUCCCUUUUUUACUUUGGAAUUUGUGCCAACAUCGCAUCUGCUAGAUCACCCCACUAGCUACAACCAUCAAUCCACAUUACAUUCCUGUGUUAGUUGUUGAUUCCCCGUUUCGUUCCUCGAGUGCGCGCGGCGCUCAGAUCAUGGCCGAGGAAGACGCCGAGCAGGCGUUUUUCCAGACGCAAGCCAUGAGCAAUGAGUAUGAUCCUGCCGGAGUGGCACAAGAUGUCCAAGGCACAGAAUCAGAGGAUGACUAUGAUCCAUCGAAUACAUUGCAUGAUGAGUACUCAGUUACAGUAGCAGAACCUAAUCCAAAUGGCGCCGAAAGCAAUGAUGCUUCUUCCGCUACUCAGUCUAUCCCUCAUGAUUCUUAUCAGCCUGAAGAAGUUGACACUACACAAACUUCCCAAGCUCCGUCCAGACGUGACUCGCAAACCUCUGUAUUAGCGCCUUCAUCUACUGUGCAUGUACAGCCGAAGACCAAGACCAUAGGCGGCUUUGUUGUUGAUGAUGAUGAUGAAGAUGAGGAACAGAAUGAGGGAGAGGAUGAGGAUAAGGAUGAGGCAGAGUAUGAGCCACCAGGAGUCUUGGAAACUAUUGAACAUGGUGGACAUAUUUCUGCAGGCGCUUCUGAGCAGCUUCCUUAUUCUGACAAAAAUGCAAAUGAAACUAUUUCUACAUCUGGUGUAUCAAUACAACCCCUUGUGCCUGAUAUGGCCACUUCCAAAGAUGUUUCUAAUAAUCCCGUUUCUUCCUAUUCUGCUCACAAUCUGUACAUUGAAGCGAUGUAUGGAGGCAUUACUGAUAGCAAUGCACCAACUCCCAUUCCCUUGGCAGCGGAUUCUGCGGCAUCUCGGAAUCGCCUGCCUCAUGAUCGCAUUGGAUUGUUGGAGGAUAGAAUCAAAGAAGAUCCUCGUGGAGAUAUACGCGCAUGGAUCGAACUGAUAGCCGAACACCGAAGUCGUAACAGACUUGACAAUGCGCGAGAAGUGUACGAGCGGUUUCUCAAAGUCUUCCCAUCUUCUGCUGAGCAAUGGGUGGCAUAUAUCAAGAUGGAAUCCGAGAAUAAUGAGUUGCAACGCCUUGAGCAGAUCUUUAACCGUACAUUGCUAAACAUUCCCAAUGUGCAACUAUGGACUGUAUACCUGGACUACAUACGCCGAAGACAUCCUCUGACCACAGACACAUCCGGUCAAGCAAGACGAACUAUCACAUCUGCCUAUGACCUGGCUCUUACUCAUGUCGGAUUGGAUAGGGAUGCAGCCUCGUUGUGGUUGGAUUAUGUUGAGUUUAUAAAGACAGGACCCGGUGUCGUUGGUGGCACGAAUUGGCAGGACCAGCAAAAGAUGGAUUUACUACGCAAGGCCUAUCAAAGGGCUAUCUGUGUACCCACUCAUUCUCUGAAUACCCUCUGGAAGGAGUACGAUCAGUUCGAGAUGGGGUUGAACAAACUCACGGGACGCAAAUUCUUGCAAGAGCGGUCACCUGCAUACAUGACAGCUAGAAGCUCUUAUACUGAAUUGCAGAAUUUAACUCGAGAUCUUGAUCGUACAACUCUUCCCCAAAUGCCUCCAGCUCCUGGAUUUGCGGGGGAGGCCGAGUUUCAAUAUCAAGUCGGACUAUGGCGUCGAUGGAUCAAUUGGGAGAAAGGAGACCCUCUCGUUCUGAAGGAAGAGGACAUAUCUGCGUACAGAAACAGAGUGCUAUACGCCUACAAGCAAGCAUUAAUGGCACUGCGAUUCGUGCCGGAUAUAUGGUUUGAAGCUGCAGACUUUUGUUUUCAGAACGGCAUGGACUCCGAAGGAAAUGACUUUCUCAACCAAGGCAUUGAGGCGAACCCAGAAAGUUGCUUGCUCGCCUUCAAGCGUGCUGAUAGAUUGGAAAUUGAAUCAGAACCGGAACAAGAUCUUCAAAAAAGGGGCGCUAAAGUUAGAGAAGUUUUUGACAAACUCUUGGAUGCUCUGUACGCUCUCAAUAGCAAGGCCCGUGAGCGAGAAGAGCAAGACAUUGCCAGAAUCAAAGAGCAGUUUGCCAACGAGUCCGACGAUUAUCAUCCUGUCGCUGACGAUGAAGAUGAGGCGGAGCGGUCACAAGAAGCUCAAGCAAAAGAGGCAGCAAAGAAGAGUCAAAUAGAUGCAAUGCGCAAGGCGCACGCGACACAAAUCACCAUGACCUCCAAGUUGAUCUCUUUCGCUUGGAUAGCUUUGAUGCGUGCAAUGCGCCGUAUUCAGGGCAAGGGUAAACCGGGGGAACUUGCUGGCUCUCGGCAGGUUUUUGCUGAAGCUCGCAAGCGUGGUCGUAUUACGAGUGACGUUUACAUAGCUAGUGCCUUGAUUGAAUACCAUUGCUAUAAAGAUCCGGCUGCAACGAGGAUUUUUGAACGUGGUGCCAGGUUGUUUCCGGAUGAUGAGAAUUUUGCGCUUGAGUAUUUGAAGCAUCUUUUUGAUAUCAACGAUGUGACGAAUGCUCGUGCUGUCUUUGAAAUGACCAUCAGAAGACUGGCUAGCAAACCAGAAAACGUAGUCAAGACCAAACCUAUCUUUACCUUUCUACAUGACUACGAGUCUCGAUAUGGCGACUUGGGUCAAGUCAUCAACCUGGAAAACCGCAUGCGCGAGCUUUUCCCCGACGAUCCUACGCUUUCCCAAUUCGCUCAUCGCCACACAUCUGCCAACUUCGAUCCAAUUGCGGCACAGCCAGUCAUCUCAUUAUCACAAGUCCGUCCUCGAUCAAUGACCUCGCUCGACCAACAGCAACAACAGCAGACCUCACUUCAAGGGACACCUACGCGUUAUCUCGAUGUACCUCCCACCGGCUCACCCAAACGACCCUUCCCAUUAGACGAUUUCGAAGAUGAAAAUAGACCUCGAAAAUUCGCCCGUGCCGAAUCCCCCCUGAAGGGUAUCCCAGCCCGUCGACCAGAUCAAUUAAAACGACCCACCACUGGCCAGGUGAAUGGCGGCGGUCAAUACCGUCCACAACCUUCAGCAGCUCCUUUACCGCGUGACGUUGUUCAUCUUUUGAGCAUUAUCCCUCCUGCUUCCGCAUACAACGCUGGACGGUUUUCGGCAGAGAAGUUGGUGGAUUUGAUUCGUAAGAUAGAUAUUCCAUCUUCUACUUCGCAACUUCGACAUCCUGCUGGGAUGGGGUAUUAGUCAUACAGUGGUAAUUUUCGUAACCGUUUUUGGAGCCAUUUCACAUCUCACAUCUUGCAUUUCUAUAAUAAGCCUUGUAUUA